ACUUCCUCAAAAUCGCGUGGUUUCAAGGUUUGUCGUUUGCAUAAAUCCCAUGUGGUUUAAUAUUUUUAAUUAAAUAUUGCAAUACAUAAUAUUGUAAGUGCGGGUAUUGCAGAAUCAACGUAAAUAUAUUCAAUUAGAAAAGAAGAAUUUUCAGCCCUAAAAAUGACUGAGGAAAAAGAAAUUUCAACUGAGAGUAAUGGACAAGAGAACAAUGAAAAUGGGAACAGCGAGACACCGUCGGAUUUGGAAAAUAAUAUCAUCCGCCAAAUGGAGUACUACUUUGGUGACGUCAACCUCCCCAGAGACAAGUUUCUCAAAGAGCAAGUGAGCCUUGACGAUGGUUGGGUACCAUUAGAUGUCAUGCUGAAGUUCAACCGCCUCUCAAAGCUGACGACGGACCAUGAAGUCAUUGUUAACGCUAUUAAUAAGUCACCAUCUGGCUUGUUGGAGGUAUCAGAAGACAACAAGAAAGUGCGGCGAAACCCGGAGAUGCCGCUCCCAGAGAUGAAUGAAGAGAGGCGCAAGGAACUCACAGCACGUACAGUCUACGCCAAGGGCUUCCCCAAGGACUCCACGCUCGACGACAUCCUGCAGUUCUUCAAACAACACGAGCUGGUGGAAAAUGUGAUCAUGAGACGCUACCUCGAUAAGCAGAGCAAGAAGAAGAUGUUCAAGGGAUCGGUGUUCGCUACGUUCAAGACUAGGGAACAGGCCACAAAAUUCGUGGAGACCAAAGGCUUGAAGUACAAGGACACAGAAUUACUGCUCCUGUGGCAAGACAACUAUCUGCAGCAGAAACAAGAGGAAUAUGCUGCGCUUAAAGAGAAGAAACAGAAGAGAGGCCAGCAAAAAGAGGGUAAUGAAGAAAAAGACACAUUCAAGUUACCAACUGGUACAGUGCUGUUCUUCAAUGAGGGCAACGAGACGCUCACCAGAGAGAAGAUCAAGGAUGCUCUAACCGAAUUAGGUGCCGAAGUCGCCUACAUAGAUUUCAAGUCUGGCGACACACAAGGCUGGGUGCGUUUGACAAAAGAAAACGCGGGAAAAGAGUUGGCGGGAAAAUUAACCGACGGGAAAGUUAAAAUUGAUGAUUCCGAACUGGUGUUCAAGCUUUUAGAAGGCGAUGAAGAAACUGCAUACUUAGAAAAGACUGUCGAAGAAAUGAGUAAAAGACGCAAAAAUAUGAAAAACUUUAAGAAUAAUAAGGGUAAUAAUAGGGGUAAGAACUUUAAGGGUAAAGGCAGGAAAAGGAAACAUGGUAACGAUGAUGGGCCUCCAGCAAAGGUGGCGGCAAAUAGUUAAUAAUAUAAGAUGAUGAAUGUAUAAACUGUUGAUUUGUGUUCGCUUAUGAUUAUAUGACAGUGUAUUGACGGUGCUUCGAAUUAAAACAUAUGCCGCAGAAUAUUUGCCUAAAUUGAAAAGGCAUGUGUUUGAUUGUGACGUCAGCAAGACAUACUAUUCAUUAUAAAAUAUAUAAGAAAACUAUUGUUGUCACAUUUCUAUAUUGUAAGAAUUUGCUAUGCUUACAAGUAAUACUGUUUUAACUUUGUUAAAAUAGGUUCUAAUUGAGAAAUUCUUAAAGAAUAGAAUCCCGCCUCGUGAUCGAAUUAUUCUAUUCUUUAGAAAAUUAUCAUUCGUAAAGCAUUUGGAUGCCAUAAAACUAAAUAUCAAGAGGUUCUUAUUUUUUAAACACAAUUUAUCAUAAGCAAAAAUUGUUACAAUAUAGUCUUGAGACGCUGUGAAAUGAUCACUUUGUCAAAUAAUUAAACUAUGUUGAUUAUUAUAAUUAGACUGUUUCCUUUAUAUUGAUAUGUCGCAAGUUAUGCGAAAGCUAGGUAUUAAAUACUUAUGUAAAUUACUAUUACUAUCCAAGUAGUAAACUUUUGUAUUUUUAAGAGCUAAAUAAAGUUAUUUUCAAAA